AUGGCUUCUCUCUUCAUGGGCAUCUGCAAAGUUUUUGUCUUUCUAACCUUCUUCUCUUCCCUCCACUCCCUCACUGCACUUUCUGUUGAGUUUGAAGUUGGUGGGAACAAAGGCUGGAUCAUUCCUCCAUCAAAAAAUGUCCAACUUUACAACGAUUGGGCAUCAAACAAUAGGUUCAAAAUCGAUGACACUCUCCAUUUUGAGUACAAGAAGGAUUCAGUUAUGGUGGUCACGCAAGAGGAGUAUGAAAAAUGCAAAUCAUCUCACCCCAUCUUCUUCUCCAACAAUGGUGACACCGUCUACAGGUUGGACCGCCCGGGCUUGUUCUACUUCAUUAGUGGGGUUGCCGGACACUGUGAAAGAGGACUGAAGAUGAUCGUUAAAGUUUUGGAGCCAGAAACCCCGCCACAGUCCGCCAACGAUACGGCAGCUACAGCCCCUAGUAGUGGUGGAGUUGAGGUGGCUGCUGCUGCAUCUUCUCCAACUGUAAUCAUGCUCAUCAUGUCAUUCUUUGGGGCACUUUUGAUGUAG